AGAUGAGCGUCUUUUGCCUGAGCGGAGCGUGGCUGCUGGUGAUCGUGGUGUGUGGCGGUUGCACGCCGGCUCCAGCAGCCGAGGGCUCUCUCCCUUUCACCGGCGCCGGCUCCUGCGCGACCUGCGGGCUCAGCCAGCCAGACGAGCCCGGCCAGACCGACGCGCUCCUCCUGGAAGCCGUCAAGAGGCACAUCCUGAGCCGCCUGCAGAUGCGGGAGAGGCCCAACAUCACUCACCCGGUGCCCAGAGCGGCGAUGGUCACCGCCCUGAGGAAGUUACACUCCGGCAAGAUGAGAGAAGACGGCAGGCUGGAGAUCCCACACCUGGAUGGCCAUGCGACUACCAACACCAGGAAGGAACUGCAGGAACAGACCUCGGAGAUCAUCAGUUUCGCUGAGAGAGACGAACCGGCUUCCUCCAAAGCAGGCCUGUACUUUUUGCUUUCCAACGAAGGCAACCAAAACCUGUUGGUGCAGCAGGCCAACCUGUGGCUCUACAUGAAGCUGCUGCCGCCCCCGUCCUCCUCCUCCACCAAGGCCGAGAAGGGAGGCCGGCGCCAAGUGACGGUGAAGGUGUCCCUGCGGGGCUCGGGCGCCGGGGCGUCAACCCGCUGGUCGUCGGUGGAGAAGCGGCUGGAGCUGAAGCGGAGCAGCUGGCACACGUUCCCGGUGACCGAGGCGGUGAGGGCGCAGUGGGAGCGGGGCCUGAGGCGCCAAGACCUGGAGGUCGAGUGCUCGGGCUGCGGGACGGCGGCCGCGUCGCCAGUGCUGGUGGAGCGGGCGGACGAGGCGCACCGGCCGUUCCUGGUGGUGCGGGCGCGCGCUCUCGACGCCAAGCACCGGAUCCGGAAACGGGGCCUGGAGUGCGACGGCCGCACGAGCCUGUGCUGCCGCCAGCAGUUCUACAUCGACUUCCGGCUGAUCGGCUGGAGCGACUGGAUCAUCGCGCCCGCCGGUUACUAUGGCAACUACUGCGAGGGGAGUUGCCCGGCCUACAUGGCCGGCGCGCCAGGCUCUGCGUCGUCUUUUCACACCGCCGUGGUCAACCAGUACCGCAUGAGGGGCAUGAGCCCCGGCUCCAUGAACUCCUGCUGCAUCCCCACCAAACUCAGCACAAUGUCCAUGCUCUACUUCGACGACGAAUACAACAUCGUGAAGAGGGACGUGGCCAACAUGAUCGUGGAGGAGUGUGGCUGUGCGUGAGGGCGCUUCAGCAGUUUGCUCCCAUUUUGUUUUGUUUUAAUGUUCUUUUUUAUUUACGGUCAAUGGACACUUUUUAUUUUUCCCGAGUGGUUAUCCUCCACACUCGUUUUUCUGCCCCACCCCACCGUGCCUCCCUUCUCCCCUUUCCUUCCUCCAGUCAUUGACUUUUCAAGGGUCAAGUUUGGUCCAUUUGGAGAAGGCUCAACGACAGUCAGCGUCCUCAUUUGGAACCGUUUCAGGAGCAAAGGAUGGACACAGUGUGAAUGUUUAACACGCAGUGAUGUCGUUUCUCUCUCUCUCUAAGUGGUUUAAAGACAAAACCCGGUGGAAGCACUCAAAUCCCUUUGAAGCACUGUAAAACUGAAAAAAAAAAGCACAUCCGCAAUGUAUUUAAAUGGUGCCAGAGUCACCUUUUUUUUUAAAAAAAAGUUUUUUUUGUGGGGGGUGGGAAGGAUUGUUCCCUUGCAACUUCAACCAGAAGUUGAAACGCUUAAUUAUUUAUGCCGCCAAGACUUUAGUUUUAUGCUAUAGUGAGCUGGUGUGGGAAUGGUCGGACCUGAAGGAGCCAGCCUUGUGUUUUUGUUUUGCUUUCUCUCCCUCUGUCGAGUGUACACACGCACUUCUGUUUGAACCGUGGACACGCAAAAGUGGGGAAACAAAAGAGAAAAGCAUGUUGUUCUAACCGCUGAGAAACUUUUGAGGUACUGAUCGUUACUCGCCACUGAACAAACUAUCCCUCUUGCCCGCCCCACGGAAAGUAACUUCUGCUCAACGUGUCUUCACAAUGCAGGCAGCUCAGAACACUGGGGUCUCUGUUUUCUGUUCACUCAACCUGGCUGUGCCUCGGACAUGGAUAGGGGCGGUCUGAAUGGAGACUUGGCGACGAUUUCACACGUUUCAACCAACUUCCAAAUAACGAAUCGACUCAUUUUAAUACAAUUAUCCAUCAUCUGUGGAAUGCAACACGUCUUGCCCCCUUCCCCCUGCCCUUCCUGAAUUUCUGUCUUCUGUCUUCCUACAAUGUGUUUUAAUCCUAUCUUUCAUCCCCUUCUUGCGUUCUCUUUUAUAAACUGUUUUCAGAUAACGAGUUAAUUCACAGUGGGCCAAAUGGGCGAUUGUAUUAAAAAGAGGCCCUUCAGCGAUAGCACGGUCUAAGAUCACUCCACAAUGAAUGGGAUGCACUGUGCAUUAAUAGUCAUAUAUUGCGUUAAGACGCUGGAGCUGCAUAGCACUUACAAAGUACCGAACGCACAUUAAGCACUUGUUCUGAACGCCUUGGCAAAAAAAAGGGUACUUAAAACAGUGCACUUAUCAUGAAUUAUCCAACUCCGUUCGUUUCUUUACUAAAUAAGUGCCGUUGGGAGCUAUGCAAUGGAAGCGAUUGGCAGUAAACAGGUGAAUUUGUCGGAUUUAAAAUCUUUACGAUUACUUGAAGCUAAAUCUUUCGCUUCCGGUAUACGGCGAAUGAUUGUUUUAUAAUAGUUCUGUUCGCGUUUUCUAUUUGCACUGAGAAGUUGCGUUGAUUAGUUUUAAAAAAAAAACUGCCAUUUUUUAAAAAAAGUGAAAAUGUUAUUUUUAUAGAAAGAAGAAGAAUUCUGGGGGGAGGGGUAAUCGAAAUGUAUUAUAAUAUCAAUGGAUUAAAUAACGGAACCAAAGAGGUCAAGUAUUUAGUAUUCUGUAAAUGUCAUUGGGCGGCAAGGCCGUUGAGACGUUUAGUGUUAAGUGUGGCUGGUUAGCAAGGAACAUGAAUAUUUUGUCAGCUUAAUGUUAUUACAAUGUCUCAAUAACCCGUGCAAUUUAAUCACAAGAUAGCACAUAGCUAUAUCUACAGUACCAACCUGUCCCAUUCUGGCUGCAUCAUGCACUACCUUUAUUGUUAAAUUUAUGGUCAUUUUGAACUGGUUCAGAUUCAUCUCCAUUUACUGGCUAACAGCUGGACUAUUUGACAUUUCUGUACAGUUUGGCUACAAUAAAAGAA